UAAUGUAUGUCGCGGAUCCUUUCUGUCUACCCUUCAAUUGUAUAGACUUUGACUAAAAUCUGUAUUUACGCUUGUUUUUAGGCUCGAUUAUCGAAAAUUAUCGAUGAUGUGAACAGUCUUUCUCCCAACUUGAGGUUCCCGCUUCGAAAACAAUUCCUCGAGUGGCGGAAUGUCGUUCUCGCGUUAAAACCGGCCAAGCCCUCACUAGAUCCAGAUGCUCGUCUGAUAUACGAGGACGUUCUUAAUCGAUACAACUCAAUGCUCAAGAACAAAGUCGUGCUGAGCCUCGGGCAACCGACCGUCAAUGCGAUUGAAAACUUUUGGAGCGUGGAUCCUCAAUCGAAUAGCAAUGAACCGUAUCCACGGAACUCUAAAGAGAUGUCGCCUGAAGCCCUUGAACAGCAGAAGAGACUCACAAGUCCGCAGCUUGACUCCAAACAGUCGAGCGCUUCAGUAAUUGCAGAUUUCCUAGAACUCACAAAACCUGUACAGCAGAAGAGUGUGGAUGGAGAGAGUGUCGCAGGUCCACCGUCUAGCUCCGAACGAUCGGGCACUUCAUUGAUUGCAGAUUUCCUUGGAGACGAGAUACCGGUGCAGCAGAAGAGUGUGGACGGAGAGAGUGUCGCAGGUCCACCGUCUAGCUCCGAACGAUCGGGCACUUCAUUGAUUGCAGAUUUCCUUGGAGACGAGAUACCGGUGCAGCAGAAGAGUGUGGACGGAGAGAGUGUCGCAGGUCCACCGUCUAGCUCCGAACGAUCGGGCACUUCAUUGAUUGCAGAUUUCCUUGGAGACGAGAUACCGGUGCAGCAGACGAGUGUGGACGGAGAGGAAUAUAAAGGUCCGUCGUCUAGAGGACCAGGUAUAGGCGGGGUCAACGACUCUAUGAAACGUGCAACCAAAUCUUACAAUGGCAAAGAGAAAAGAGAGCGGUCGAAAUCCAAAGACAAACGAGUCCUACACGAGCUGCCGUUUCAAGUUCUAACCGGCCGAAGCGGGAUUUUGAGCGGCGGAUUGGCGAAAGAAAAGCGCCGCUGGGAAACCCCAGUUUCUGAGAAGCGAAUGGCAGUUUUACUGGCAGAAUUGAAUAGAAAGGGUCUCCUUGAGUAUCGCGACGAAGACUUGUACUGGUCUUUCAGUGCCCGCAAGUUUUGGACAAAGUCAGAAUUGAUACCAUACAAGUUCAAUGGCCCGGAACAGUUAAAGAUCAAGAAUUACAACGUAACAAUUGGAACGAUGUAUGAAGUCAAACUUCUCCAGACAGCAGGAACAAAUCUGGGCACUGUGAGGGUCCAAUUUUCCCGGCUGGACGAAUUAUGGAUGGCACAUGCUGUUCUUCUCGAAAGACCCAAGUUCAGAGUUAAAGAUCCAGAAAAGCUGCUGUUUGCACAUCCUCUCAACAAAAGUAAGAAGCUUCCCAUCAUAACACGACGAGUGCCGUCUGGUGAAAAUGUCCGCUUUCUGGCCCCGGGGCACUCCUAUGAAGAUAGGCAAAUAUGCUCGAUGAUGCCUGAGUAUCAGUUUGAGCCCGCGUACGACUCAGAUGGCUACUGUAACGAGAAGUUUGUCCCCACGAUGUCCGGGGGACGCCAUCGGUUUGCUCUGGAAAAAGAGACCCUUACAAAGCUCAAACUCAAAGCAAGUCUGGAGCUCAGGACAUUUCCCUAUAAAGGAACUGUUCUUCUUUGUCCCGAGACUGGCGAUAUAGUCGAGCGUGUCAGAGUUCCAUGCUGGUCAACCGUGCCAUUAUCGAAUACCGAAUCAUUGUCGUCGCAAAUACAUCCUAAAAUUGGCAAAGGCGUCCUCACACAUGACCCUGACGGUACGUCAUCACCGAAGCGAAUCAUCGUGGGCCAUCCCAUCGAACCAGGCUUGGAUUUCAGGAAGUUCCCGCCAAAGUAUUCCGAUAUCCACACUAUCGAGGCUCUGCAAGAUAAAACCGGUUACAUUAAUGAGGAUACAAAGUCUAGCAAGUUUACUUUCUCCAGUCAGUUCAUUCGUCUAGCUCCUAUCUUGGAGCAUGGAGUAAAUCAUCAUCCUGAUCUGCGCUUGAAAUACUUGGCUUGCACCACCAGAGAUUUAGAGACGACUAUAGGUCCAGCGUUUGACUUAUCAUCUCGAAUCUCCGGAAAAUUUCCGGCUGAACAUAUUCUUCGCGUUCCAGAGCGUCCUCCGAAAAUCCCCUCAGUGCCCAAUAUGAAGGGGAAACAGUUUGUGUAUGGAGAAGAAAUGCCCAGUCUUGCCGAGCAGACCGAUGAGAUAGUGAGUGAAGAGGUGGACGCUCGGCGUUCGCUCGUGCUAUCGGAACUCGCGUGGAAGAGGCGUCCGGGGAUCACCGACGAAAGACUGCUCGAGUUGUUCAAUCUGCAUAUAGAAUCCUUUCGAACUAUGCAGCAGCACUUUUAUCACUUUAUCGGGAAGAAUCCACACGGAGAGAAAGUCUAUACGAUCGAUUUCUCGGUGCUACGUCUUCGACCACACGAACAAUUGAUCCUAUAUGAGCUUCAGUAUGUUAUCAAUCAUGUGAACGAAGACAUGAGAGAAUAUCGCCUUUCAGCAGCACACGAUCGGUUGAUGUUUUUCUUGGAGAAUCGGUUAUUCAGAGAGUAUUUCCAAAUAGUCAGCUCAGAAAUCAUAGAUAUGAUCUUGAGAGAGGACGUUGUAUAUCGCCAUUCGAAGGACAGGUACUCGUUCUGGGACUCUCCUAGAGGGUACACUCUUGCUGCUGUCUAUUGGAAAGUCGUGUAUCUGCUCGAUCGUUUGCUGCAUCCAUUCUGGCCUCUGAUAACAGAAUGCAUGAACAAUAUAGAUGAGAAGGAUCCAUAUAAACCUAUGGCUUGCUUAUUUUACCCGUGUACAAAUAUAGCAGCUCCGGACUACGAUCUGUCCAAGGGCUAUCCUAUCUUUGUCUCGCCAAAAGAAGACAUCAGAUUCAAAAAUCCUGACUUGGGAAUGCCUGUCAUCUCCGACGUGGGCUUUAUGACAAAAGAUACCACCGAAGAUUUGUCGAUCGUGUACGAGGUCUUGAAGGCUUUCCAAUACCUUCGCUACGAAAGCAGGAAAAAGAUUCUCGAGAAAAAUGCUCAGGAUCCUGAUUAUUUGGUGUCCCCCAAAGAUAAACACCUCUUGGUUACCAACCCGAUCCUCGCAAGCGAGUCUAUCGGGUCGGACAAUGUGUAUCCGGAUUACAACUAUCAAAACUUCUACAAAGACAGAGGGGGAGAUACCUCUAGAAUUGGCAUUAUUGUGCUCAAGGGAUACGACCGGGAUAGCCCGUUGGGCAGGCUUCUUGGGGUGUACAUGGAGGACAUUGCUCGUCGGGCACAGCUUGCUACGAUACAGAUACUCGGUGACGACCAAGGGCUGUCAAACGUGAUAGUUUCUUUUAAGAUUGCAGAUUCUGCGAGCGUUCAUUUGGUCUCAAAGCUCCCAAGUUCAAGCAGCCAACCGGAAGCGGAGUCAUCGACAUCAAGCGGCCAACCCGAAGCAGAGUCCUCAAGCUCAAGUAGUCAGUCUGAAGCAGACUCCUCGACAUCAAGCAGUCUACCUGAGGCAGACUCCCCUCCUCUCAAACAAUUGUAAAUAGUAUAGACAAAAUUGUACAUAAUAUCAUGGACGGGAUAGAUCGCUAAGAAAAUGUAUAAUAAAAA